CUUUUGCUUCUUUCCCUCAACUUUGCCGUUGGUACACUUUUUUCACUCUUUCAAAAAGUGUUUUCCACGGCGGUCACUCUUUUAACCUGUCUAUACGCACCCUGGUGAUACGUACAUACUUUCCCUCCCUCCAACACACCCACCUCUCUCGCAGUCGAUCUGCUUGUUGCUGAACAGAAACACACUUCGUGCUUUCGAGUCCUUGCCUGGUCCCUCGGUCAAAUAACUUCCCGGAGAAGUCGUUGCUUGCAAACGGACACAGUUGACCUGUGAAAACACAACUCAAUCUUCAUCAAAACGGUUAAAACAACAUCAACCACUCAACAUGCGUUACUCCCUCGCUCUGAGCGCCCUCUGCGCCGCUGGUGCCUUGGCCCACAAUGUUGACAAGCGUGCCUACGUGACUGACUGGACGGUCGUGACCCUGACCACCACUAUCACCGAAUACCCCGCUGCCGCCGCUACCACCGCCACCGCUGCCACCACCACCGCGGUCACGAGCGCUGAGCCUGCAGUCCAGGUGGCCGAUGUCGCCGAUGUCGCUGCUGAGGCCUCCACUGUUGCUCAAGUCGCUGCGGUUGAGACCAGCUCGACUGUGGCCGUUCCUGUCGUUGAAUCGACCUCGACGUCGACGAGCACAACCGAGGCUGCCCCUACCGUUGCUGCUACCACCGAGGCUGCGACCACUGAGGCUGCGACCACUGCGGCCCCUACCACCGAAGUUGUUGCCACCACUCCUGUUGUGCAAGAAGCUGCUGCCAACGGCGCCUGGACCACCGCCUGGACCUCUUACUGGACUUCGUCCUGGACCUCUGCCGCGGAACCCACCACUCUUGCAACCUCCACCUCCACCACUGAGAGCGCCAGCAGCACCGCGACCGCCAGCACUGCUUACCAGUCCGCUGUUCUGUACAACCACAACAUCCACCGCAGCAACCACUCCGCAAGCUCCUUGGACUGGGACUCUUCCCUCGAGUCCAGCGCUUACACGCUUGCUGCUAAGUGUGUCUACGAGCACGAUACUACCAUUGAUGGCGGUGGCUAUGGCCAGAACAUCGGUUACGGUGUCGAGUCCAGCGCUAUCGGCGAGAUGAUCACCAACUUGAUGUACAACGACGAGAUGGGCUACUAUACCGAUCUGUACGGAGAGGCUGACCCCGACAUGACCUACUUCGACAACUGGGGCCACUUCUCUCAGAUCGUCUGGAAGGGUACCACGAAGGUUGGCUGCGCCACUGUUACCUGCGCCAGCCUGGGUAACGUUGAUGCUGCCGAGGCAUUGCCCUUCACUGUGUGCAACUACAGCCCUGCCGGUAACUACGCCGGUGAGUACGGCACCAAUGUUGGCAAGCCCCUGGGCAACGCCAUGUAUGUUGCUUCUUAAGGAUUGAGACGUGUUAUCUUGUUUCGCACGACUGUGUUCGGAGACGACGGCCCUAGUACUUCCCCGACGUGCAACAUCCAGGCUCUCGAAAGCUAUGACGAGUAGCUGGCCCUGAUUGUCU